AGAUCAUAUACCUUAUAACCUCUCAUUCUCACAUUGUAAUUUUGAAUUGUGUGUAGAAUAAGUCAUAAAUUACUUAGCAGACAAAUCUUUGGUUGAACAGAUUGUGCACACCUACAGUAUCAGUUUCAGUGUCGUCAUAAUCUAGCCCUUUCCUUCUGUUAGUAAUGUGCUGAAAGAAAACCUGUAUAUACAUUAAAAAAGAAAAUCUAUUUAGUGCAAAAUGAUUGCAACAAUUUCAAAUAGUCUGUUCAUCAAGUGUUGUAGCUAUUCUGUUUAUUCACCUAUAAAAUUCUCUAUGGAUACAAUGUCCACUAUGGUAUAUCGUAACAGAAAUCCAAGAAAUCUUGAAUUGCUUGGCUUAGCACCAAAAACAAAAGGCUGGGAAUUUCAAGCUCCACGAAAAGACUUUUGGAAUAAAGUGAUAUUAGAUAAAGCAUCAAAUCAUACAACUGGUUUAGUUGUCCAUAAUUCAUCAAAUAUACUAGUCUCUGCUUCAACUAAAGAGAAGAGUAUAAAAAAGCAUUUGUUUAGUUGCACUGAUGUCUCUGCUGCAGCAAACAUUGGCAGAGUAUUAGCCUUCAGGUGUCAACAAUGUGGUUUAAUUGAAUUAUUUACUGAUACGACUGAAUUAUCUAAAGAAAAUGAAAGCACUCGAGCUUUCUAUGAGUCCUUGUUAGCUGGUGGUAUACAACUCACAGAAACACCACAAAUUGAGAGUGCAGAACCUAUUGGUAUAGAUUAUGAUAAUAUGUCAGAUGAAGAGAAACGCAGCAUGUAUCCAAGUUUAAUUGAAAAUCUUCGAACAACACCUGAUUGGGAUAAUAUUCCAUAUCCAUAUUCUCUAAGACCGAGAUCUCAAAGAACGUCGUUGAGAAACAGAUACCAAAUUCUGUCAAAAAUUCGUCAAGGCAUGGUAUGGGAUUCGUUCUACUCUAGAAUGGUACAUCCACGAAACAAAGCCUAUUGGCAACAUGAUUUUGAAGAAGCACAAAAGAAGAAACUUGAAUCUCAAGUUAUUACUUCAGAUGAUAAUAAAGAUGAACAGCCUGUAAAUGUAAUUGUUCCGUCUAAGUGGCAGUUAACGUAGUAAUAAAAAUACAAUCUAUCCUUUUCAUAUAGUCAUUCAAUGAAUUUAUGUAAAGUAUUUGUAUGAAAUAUAAA